AUGUGUGCCGUGCCGUCGAUGUUGUGCGUUAUCCUGAUCCUUAGCGUCACCACGAACACGGUUCACGCCGGAUUAAAAUGCGACGCUGUCAGACCCUAUUUCGAGUCUCAGGGCUUUCCUGCCAGUGACAUUCCAAAGGAGGCGAUUCCCUCAAAGGAACUGAAAAUAUGCGGCAGCGUGCGAAAUGGCGGAGAGGUCUGUUGCUCCGCGGACAUGGAAGUGAGAUUACAGGCGAGGGCACGCGACAAACACGAGACAGCCACCAAAGAAACUCUUCAGCGACUGCAUCAGGUCCUGUCGACGAGAGGGGCAAGGUUUCACAGCUUCUUCAAGGAUCUGAUGGCGGAUAGCAAGAGAAGCUUCCACGAGAUGUUCAAGAAAACUUAUGGUAUGCUCUACGAACAGAACGCGUACGUUUUCACGGAUUUAUUUAAGGAACUGGAGAAUUAUUACGCCAAAGGGACGGUCGAUUUGGACGACGCAAUGGACAAUUUUUUCAACACGCUCUAUCAGAAAAUGUUCACGGUUCUGAACAGCCAGUACAAUUUCAACAACAAAUAUCUGGAGUGCGUCGGCGAGCAUAUGAAGGACAUGAGGCCGUUCGGUGACGUUCCUCAAAAGCUGGGCGUCCAGAUCAAGCGAUCGUUCGUCGCGACCAGGGCGUUCAGUCAAGCUUUGACCGUUGCCGCGGAUAUCCUGAAGAAUAUGCAAUCGUUGAAGCCGUCCGCGGACUGUGCAGCUGCACUAACCAGAAUGACAGUCUGUCCGUCGUGCAGCGGGAUAACCGGGAACGUGCUGGCGUGCGGCGACAUGUGUGCCAACGCGAUGAAGGGUUGCUUGGCCCAGCAUGCGGCACUGGACGCUGAAUGGAAUCACUUCGUCGAGGCCGUGGAUAAGGUGGCUGAUCGCUUGUUGGGUCCAUUCAACAUCGAGAUGCUGGUUCGACCCAUAAACCUGAAAAUCUCCGAGGCGAUAAUGACCUUUCAGGAGAACGGCCAGGACGUGUCGCAGCGGGUGUUCACCGGCUGCGGCCGUCCGGUGCUCGGUAGACGCAGACGCAGACGCAGGGACAACCGAGAACUGGAGCUCGAGUCGCUGAACUUCGAUCAGGAAACGUUGACCGAGGAUCGGGGUGGCGGCGUCGGCGGCGUCGGCGGCGUCGGCGGCGUCAGCUCGACCGCCGCCAGUUUGGACAAGCUCGUAAAGGAGAUACGGCAGAGGGUACGGGACUCUCGACAGUUUUGGGUAUACCUGCCCUAUAAACUGUGCAACGACGGACUCGUUGUGCCGCUCAGCAACACAAAGGAGUGCUGGAACGGCACGCACGUCGACAAGUACAUAUACCCGGUGUCGUCGAACGGAGAGACUCAGAUCAUUAAUCCGGAGGUGAGGAGCUCGGGUCCGAGGCCGACCAUCGUACGAGAUCAGAUCUUCGUGUUGUCCACCAUCACGAACAGACUCAAGUCCGCGUUCAACGGCCAGGACGUCGAUUGGAUAGACACAGAGGACACGGAUUGGAACGGGUCGGGUAGUGGUUCCGGCGAUGGAACCGAUCAGGACAAUAGUAACCCCAUCACCGACGACGAGGACGGGUUCAAGGAGGGUUCGGGGUACGAGCCGAAGUCCUCGCCGCCGGACCAGCCGAAGCAACCGUCGCCGCCGGUUAAUCCGGAAUUGGUGCCGCCCAGGGUGGACGUGGAACCGAAGAGCACCGGGGGUAAUGGUGAGGGAACCGGCGACGGGCACGGGAACGGCACGACUACGGCGGUCAGCGGAGCGAGCCGACCGAAGAUGUCGCUGUCGCGUGCAAUGACGACGUACCUUGUUCCCAUAGUGGUUAUGUGGUUCGGUGGUUGCCUGACCGAGUGGCUGUGAUCCGUGUGCAUUCCCAGGACAAUGUACCGCGAUAUGUAAAUAAUUCCUUUCGACCGUUAUCGCGUCCUCGACGAGCCGCCGCCGCCGCCGCUGCGAGCUUCCAGAAGAAUAGCUCGCUCUCGCGUUCCCCCCGUAACAACCGGUCGAAAGAGGACACAUUACCUACCGGGUGUAACCGUCCUUCGGAAGGACCUUUACAGAGAGACGACGCGUAUCCCAUGGGACGCUGGCCAGACAGACGGACAAACAGACAGACAGACAUACAGACAUAAAGACACACAGAUCCUUGGUUUUGAGCUUGGCUCGCGACGUCACGGAGAUCGACCGAUUGUUACCAAUCGCAAGAAUGUUUGGUCCAGGACGGGAAGGAUUGGACUUGUUCGUUGACCUAACUCAGACCUACGGAGGAACCAACUUUCGGAGACGAUUUCGCGUGCCCAGGACUUGCCCCCGUUUUCUUUAAGGAUCAUCGGGACGAUGGAGUCGCGAUAGCGAGUACUCGUCAUGGAGCCUCGCAUACUUUCCUCGGCAACACGAACGGUUCGUAUCGAAGGAUUCGUGGGCUUUCGAUGGGAGUUCAAGUUAGACCCCGAUCGAUCCAACCCGCAAACGGAAGUGGACACCCCCGAGCAGUGAGGAAGAAUUUAGUCGACACCACCCAGAGAAAUUACGGGGGAUAACCAAACAGAGACAGAAAGAGAGAGAACCAGUAUAUACUUUCGGCUUGACUACUGAGGGAGAGAGAGAGAGAGAGAGAGAGAGAAUUCUCCUUAUUUUUAUUCGAGAACAAUUCUUGCUGAUCAGUGUGGUUCCAGCAAUUUGAUGUUCUAACGCUGAAAUGUAAAUACGAAGAGUGGCGCAGCCAUAAAAAGAUGCGGCCGUUCGUUCGCGGAAAUUUUUCUCUUCGACGUUUUUCUUUCCACCCAUUCGAGGAAAUUAUUAUCGACCACGUGUCUUAUUCGAUCCGUUUCUCUGCCGCGUCGUUCCAGCAACCCAGUAACUCUGAAGCGCGGUCGAAAAGCGACUCCUGUGAUAAAAUGGCAAAAAAUAAAAAAAAAAGGAAAAGGAAGAAGCGCCUUCGCAUUCUGACAACGUCAAGCCUAAACACGGGCAAAAAAA